AUGUGCCAACCCGCGAGGAGUUUGCACACAGGAGGGGAGCAAGAGCAGCAGGGAGGGGUUGUUUCGUUCGACCUCGUCCUCACGACGCCUGCCUGUCCUGUGAAGGACAAGUUCAAGAAGGACUGCACGGACCUCAUUAAGCAGCUGCCAUGGGUGAAGGACGUGAAACUCACUCUGAGCUCUCAGCACAGGCCUGCAGGAGGCGGUCAGAAGGUGGAGAACUCCCAGACCGGCUUGAAGGACGUGAAGAGGAUCAUUGCCGUAUCCAGCGCCAAGGGAGGGUCGGGAAGUCAACGCAUCGCCAAGCUGGGCGGGAAGGUUGGGAUCUUCGAUGCAGACAUCUAUGGCCCGAGCCUCCCUACCAUGGUGGGCGUUGAGAACCCGCGGGUAGUCAGGUCGCAGACCAACGAGGAGAGGAUCGCUCCGCUGCACUACCAGGACGUGAAGUUGAUGUCCUAUGGCUUCACGGCCAAGGCUCGAGGAGGACAGGCAUCGAUCAUGCGAGGGCCCAUGGUAGCGUCUACUGUCCACCAGCUGCUCGCGUUCACUGAUUGGGGCGAACUUGACUACCUCGUCCUUGACUUCCCUCCCGGAACCGGAGACAUCCAACUCACCAUCUGCCAGCAAGUGAACAUCGACGGGGCUGUCAUAGUGACGACUCCGCAGAAGCUCAGCUUCGUGGACGUUGUCCGGGGCAUCGAGAUGUUUGACACGUUGAACGUCCCCAUAGUUGCGCUCGUGGAGAACAUGUCCUACUUCGACUGCUCGUGCGGGACGAGACACUUCCCGUUCGGCGAAGGACACAGUCAGAAGAUCUCCGACCAGUAUGGCACCCCUAGCGCCGUAGUGCUGCCGAUCCACUCGUCAUUGAG